CCCCGCUCUAAAACUUUCGCGGUUUGGAACGUUCCAUUGGAGGAGGAACGGGGUCUCCGACCCAAUUUGCGCGGCUUCGGGGGCGUGGCUCUGUUUGAUGGGUUGAUUCGGGGGCGGGGACGUUUUCUAGGCUGUCAAUGCACCACACUGUCGCGAGCCGGUCGGUGGUUGCCCUGGCAACCGUAAGCUAACGUAACCUCCGUGUGUUUAAAGACCCCAGGAGCUGAGGUUUUCCACUAAGCCGUUUGCUGAGCGGGAAAAGUCCGACGUCUGACCUUUGACUUGGACGGAACCUUCCAGAACAGAAGAUGGAGUCGAAGGAGAGCGCGCGCUCCACGCCGAGGCGGCACGAGAAAAGUUUGGGUCUCCUGACCAUGAAGUUCGUCGGUCUGCUGCGGGGGUCCCGGGACGGCGUCCUGGACCUGAAGGCGGCUGCGGACAGUUUGGCGGUGAAGCAGAAGAGGAGGAUCUAUGACAUCACCAACGUUCUGGAGGGCGUGGGGCUGAUAGAGAAGAAGAACAAGAACAUCAUCCAGUGGAGAGGACAGAGGAGCGUCUGCAGCCAAACGAAGGAGGUGCAGGAGCAGGUCGGCCUUCUGAAGGCCCAGAUCUCCCAGCUGGAAGCUCUGGAGGAAGAGCUGGAUCAGCAGAAAGUCUGCUUGGAGGAGAGCAUCCAGGCCCUGAGUCACGGUCCCAUCAGCAGCUCGUACACGUUUGUGACCCACGAGGACAUCUGCCGGGCCUUCGAGGGAGAAACUCUGCUGGCCAUUGUGGCUCCUGCAGAAACCCAGCUGGAGGUUCCGGUUCCGGACACGGGGGGCGGGGGUCAGAAGAGCUACCAGGUGAACCUGCGCAGCCGCAGAGCCCCCAUCCGGGUCCUGCUCAUUGACAGGGACUUGGACUCCAGCGCCCCCGUGGUCUUCCCUGUCCCCCCCUCCGACGACUUCUGCCCGAUGCCGACUCCGCCCAGCACCCCCGGCGGUCUGCAGAGGUUUACCCUGGUGACCCCCGGGGGCUCCGCCGCCUCCCCCCUCUGCAGCCAGGACCCGACCUGCUCUGACCAGCAGAUGGCGCCGGUAGACCUCAGUGGCAGGGCCGCGUCUUCGUCUGACCUGGCUUUCCCGGCACAGUUUCCCAGCAGGUCGUCUGCAGCGUCGGACCAGAACCCAAUGGACCUGGAGGUCCAGGACUUCCAAGCGGCGCUGGGCGUCGGCAGCCUGCUGAAGAUGAGCGACGGCGGCGAGAGCCUGAAGGACAGCAGAGAGGAACUCAUGGAGGAGCUGAUUUCUGCUGAGGGACUGGACUACAGCUUCAGCCUGGAUGCAGGCGGAGGGGGGUGUGACCUGUUUGAUGUCUCCAUCCUCAACUACUGAGGACCCGCUUUGCUGCAAGGGACGGACGCCGAGCACCUCCCCCACUAAGGCUCCUCCUCCUCUGAAGCCCCUCCUCUUCCCCUGAAGCCCCUCUUCUUCUGAAGCUCCUCCUCCGCAGCUCCACCUCCUCCUCUGAAGCCCCUCAUCCUGCUCUAAAGCCCCUCCUCCUCUGAGGCCCCACCUCCUCUUCUAAAGCCCCUCCUCUUCCCCUGAAGCCCCUCUUCUUCUGAAGCUCCUCCUCCGCAGCUCCACCUCCUCCUCUGAAGCCCCUCAUCCUGCUCUUAAGCCCCUCCUCCUCUGAAGCCCCACCUCUUCUUCUAAAGCCCCUCCUCCUCUGAAGCACCUCCUCCUGCUUUAAAGCCCCUCCUCUUCCCCGAAGCCGCUCUUCUUCUGAAGCCCCACCUCCUCCUCUGAAGCCCCACCUCUUCUUCUGAAGCUCCUCCUCUGAAGCUCCUCCUCCUCCUCUGACGCUCCUCACUGGUCAAACCUUCUGCCAAACUGUGGUUGGGUCGGCGUGAAGCUCCUGUUUUCUGUUUUCCCACAUGUUUAACAUAAACUUUACGUUCAUGUUUGAAUGGAGUUUGUUUAAAGUACCGACGUCCCGUUUUGACCGUUUCUAAACUGUUGCUGCCGUUAAAGCUGGAAAUAUUUGUUGUAUAAAUAUUUUGUUAUUGUUUUUGUUAUUUUUGCCAAUAUGUAAACUUUUACUUACGUUUGAGUAAAAUAUAUUUAUGUUUGUUGAAAAUGAAAAAAAGUUGAUUUUCUUUAGUAUUGAAAAUUUUUCUGGUCCUGAUUUUAUGUUUGAAUAAAACUGUUUUGAUUGACAUCUUUAAAA